GGAACUUGAAAGCUGUUCGAAGCUCCCCCUCCCCCGCGAUUACUAAGCCGGAUAUCUGCAUUUGCGGCCCCAGCAUUUGCUAGAAGCACCCAUAUUGUGCCUGGGCAGCUGCCAAUUGCGCAAUCCACAGCUUCAGACGGCCACUGACGACACUGGCAACUACCACUGCAGUGUGCCUCAGGCUGCGCUGUUCAUGCGUUAAGGUUCUCAAUUUAUUCCUACAGCUACUGCUACUGUACUAUCCCACUGCUCUGCCACUCCAGUCCACUGAUUAACAAGAGAUAACACCCCAACGGCAACUUGACCCGCGUCAGAUCACACUUGACCUGCGCCUGCACCUUGAACUGCAGACUGCAGACUGCCGCUUCUGCUACUAUUCCAAAUACUAGACUUGUAGUGCGAACAUAAAGCCAGAGGUUCCUCCGUGCAAUGUUGGCUCGAUCCAUCUUGCGGACUACUACUUCACACUCUUUUCGUCCAGCAUCAUCAGCUUCAUUCAUCAGAUCAUUCUCAUCGACACCAGCAAUCAUGGUUAAAGUAGGCGACCCCAUUCCCGACGUCGACCUGUUCGAGGAUUCGCCCGGAAACAAGGUCAACCUGUCCAAAGAGCUCAGUUCCGGCAAAGGCGUCAUCAUCGGCGUUCCCGCUGCCUUCUCUCCAUCAUGCUCCGACACCCAUAUUCCCGGCUACGUUGCAAGUGAUAAGCUCAAGAGCGCUGGCAAAGUGUUUGUGGUCUCGGUGAACGACCCUUUUGUCAUGAAAGCAUGGGCCAAGAGCCUCGACGAGUCAAAGAAGAGCGGCAUUCGGUUCCUCGCCGACCCCGCAGGCGAGUUUACCCGAGCUUGGGAUGUCGAGUUUGAUGCUUCAAAACUGCUGGGCAACAAGCGAAGCAAGCGUUACGCCGUUGUCACCGAAGAUGGAAAGGCCGUCAAGGUUGCCGUAGAGCCUGACAACACCGGUGUCACAGUGUCUGCCGCCGACAAAGUGCUGUAAGCCUCUGCCAGAUACGGGUUCAGGGUGAAAAGAAAGUGACAGUGUGCCAGGUCCGCCAUUCCAAAGGCACAGCUGUGAUGUGAUUGCUUGGGUGCAGGAAGUGCGAGCGUCACUAUAAACCCACACCGGCCUGGAUUGAAUCAAUCAUCUCUAUCGAAGUGUUCUCCUUUUUUCCUUUUAGGGGCCUUCCUACACCACCGCAAGUCAAUCAAUAUUCAGUUACCGGUCGAGUAUUCCUAUCUCGUGAUUGUCUUCUUCAGUUGCUUUCAAGUGUGAAGUUCGUAACCUUCUUAUCUGCAUCAGCUCAGUAGAGCCCUAACUUCUGCGCCGGUACGAGGAUAAAGCCCUCUGAUUGAUGGUGCUUGUUCUUCUAUUUGGUCGUUCUGGCUUGCUUCAUCGCCCUCCGGUCGUAUGUUCUCUGCACUUAUAACUCCCAAUAGACCUUCCAAUUCGUCGAAAUCCGCGCAGAAUCGCUCCACUGCCUCGGCAAUGACGUCUUUGGCGAUGGUUCGAUCGACGACACUUUUCAAAGAAUCUUGGGCGUCCAUGAAGGCUGAAGACAAGAACUCGUCCAGGCGCUGGGCGGCCUCGUCCAGAUUCUCCACGAGCCAGGAUCUCGCACUUUCGGGACUGGUGCCUCGGCGCGUAUCGAGUUGUUGCAUCAAGUCCCUGACGCCCGAAUCCUCAAGGAAUGUAGUGGCCAAAUACUCCACCAGCUGAUCGCGCAGGGAGUGUAUCUCGGCCACGCUUUUCUCCAGGGGAAUUUGCACCACGGGGGCCUGACCGGAGAGAGAAGCCAGGGUAGAGCGCACGAGACCCAUAUAAUUGAUCUUGUAAAUGGUGCUGCGCCGGACAUCGGGGAUCUGGACGGCGGCCUCUGCACAGACAUUGAGGAUCCCGCCGAGCAUGGCGGCGAACAGACGUUCCAAUUCCCGCUCCGUCAUCUGGGGUCCUCUGGCCGUGACGACUUCUGAAAACUGGGACAAAGCCGUGGUCAGGAAAGCGGGUGGACUGAGAUCUGUGGAUGCUGAGCUAUCCUCUGCCGCUGUGGCGGUUGCGGCGGCGGUUUCUUCCUCCAUCAUGGCCUCGAAGUGGGCGAGUGUCGAGGUUUGUAGGGAUUGCAUUGUUUUGGUUAGUGACGAGUCGCUGCCAACCAGUUUGCCGAACAUGUCGCGGUAGAAGUCUAACAAGUUGAAGAUUUUAAAGGCUAGAACAGGGUCGGUGUUUGUUCGCACGGCGAUGUCGAUGCGCGACUGGAGCGUUUCGCAGACGGAGGCGAGGUUGCGCGAGAUGAGUUCGGAUAGAGCCUUGCGGCCGUCGAAGACUGGUUCUUUUUGGUCUUUUUGGUUUUGAUUUUGCUCUUCGGUAGAGGUGGGGGAAGAGGAGGAUGAAGAUAUUGAGGUUGAUGAUGAAACUCGACGGCCUGGGAUACGUGCCCAUGGCUCGCUGGCCUGGGCGGCCGAGGAGAGACCCUUUGCGAUCUCGUCUGCAUCCGAUACAAAGAGACCUUCGAGGGCUUCUUUUUCCGACACGGCCGCCGAGUGGACCCAGGCUAGCAUGUCGCCUAUAUAUCGUAAUGGUUCAUGGGUUGAAAAUUCAAUGGCUUUACCUGAUCCGGGUACGGCUCCGCCGGUCAGAGCAGUAUGGAACGACUCGGCCAAAGUCGACUGUCUGGCCUCUGCGAAAAAGUCCAAACAAUUUUGAAACAAUGUAGGCCGUUCACUCAGAACCCUCAGGGCGCGACGGAUCGAGGCCGAAAUAUGCGGGUCUUCAAGAUCCAAUGCCCGAAACUCGCGCUGGAUCCAAGUAUAUAGUUUCUUGAAGCCCGCGUCCAAAUGUCG